UACCCCCAGGUUCAUUUGGUAGGUACAAGUUCAUUCCCCGCAUUUCGAAAUGCCUCUUUAUCAUCGCCAUCAUGCCACCACAGCCCAAAAACGGCACAGCCUGCAAAGGCUGCCCUCACCUUGAGGUUCAUAAGUGGUCCAAAGGCACAAGGGCCGCCGUUGAGACGUUGCCUACUCGGGAUAUUCAGAAUAUCUUUUCGACUGGGGACUGGGAAGUCGUCAUAAUUUUCACUUCCGCCAACUCAAUCACAACCAAAGACUGCUCCGAGUGCCGCAACCUUCUCAGCAGCACAUUUGCCAUACCAAAGAUAUGGUGGGCGGAAUGCUACCGGAAAGCCAUUGGCUAUUUCGGCAGGGAGGAUUCUGUAAGCUCUGAAGGAAGGCUAACAGGCAUCAGCACAUGGUCACGCUUCACGAUGAAGAUGCUGGAACGAGAUAAAUUGGGAAACAUAAUAUAUCACUGGCGCAAAUUCAACCUUUGCACCAGGUGGCUACCCAACGGCCGCCAGGCCAUCAUUGCCUUUGAUCCACGCCCCGAGGUCAAGGAGGCCGUAUCCGGGCUCUUGGAAGGGCUUGACGCCCAACUAUUGCAAGACCCCUUUUGGAUAUUCAUAGUGGUCGGGCAGGAGGUCCUUGACUCGCAGCACAAGGCGAUAUGGGGCAUGAGAGGGCUCGUGAGGGACACGGAGAAAAAGAGGGAGAGGGACAACCAGACGCCGAUGGACUUCCCGAAGCUGCACGACCUCGCGAGACACGCGAUACACAUAUCCGAGACUAUGGAUCUCUGCGCGCUCUCGAUGGACGAGAUAAUCUCGCACCAGAAGCAAUUCUGGGCCGCGCGUCACAGGGGAGGCGGAAGCGCAAGGGUAGGCGACGCAGCGAGGAGCGGAGACGCCGCCGCCGCCGCCGCCACCACCAAGACCCAGCCGAGAGACGGCAACGGUGAUGACGACGAAGGAAACCCCCAGGACCUGCCGCCGCCGCCGGCAGCGCGUCAGGUGCGGCACCGGCUGCAGUUCCACCACAACGCGCUGCGCAGCAUGCUGCUGCGGGCGGCGGCGAACCGGGAGCGGCUCCAGAACGAGAUCGGGCUGGCGUUCAACACGGUGGCGCAGCGCGACGCGCGCACGUCGGUCGACAUCAGCCGGGCCACGCGCGAGGACGGCAUGGCCAUGAAGACGCUCGCGCUCGUGACCGUGGCCUUUCUGCCCGCCACCUUCAUCUGCGCCGUCUUCAGCAUGUCCUUCUUCAACUUCAGCCCGGACUCGGGCCGCUGGGUCGUCUCGGACAUGUUCUGGGUCUACUGGGCCGUGACCGUGCCCGUGACCGUGUGCACUGCGCUGUUCUUCAUGUGGUGGAGCAGGCCCAAGCCAAAGUUGGUGGAUGGCAAGGUCAGGGCCGGGACCGUUUCCGCAUGGGUCGACAAUUCCCUGGCUACGCUUGGGCUGGCAAGGGUUCAGAGAGGAGAUACAGACCUGAGUCGUAGCUCCUGAGGCAAGGCUGUGGUCGAUACCAGAUUGCAAAAAGGUGUUCCUGUGAUCAGAUGUCUAUCAAGUAUUGAGAGGAUGGCCUUAUCAACACGCCAGCAAAUCGAGAAGUCUUUCAGGUUAACCAACCAACACUUAUCUGUCUACUCAUGGCCCCGUAGAUCAGUACCACGAAUUUGACUCUGCAUUCAC